AUGUCACUACGGAAUGGCACGCGCUUUGCCGUGUAUGGUGUGCCGAUGAGGCUAUUAGCCCGGCAUUUGGAGCAUACUCCACAGCCUAUCACGCUGCCGUAUUUGCUGGCGCACGGCGGACAACCUGGCAAGCCACCGACGCCCGAGGAGUUGCUGCGGUCGGCCCAGUACACACAGAAGGAGUUGCCGGUGCGACUGGCGCGGCGGGUGCGCCAGUUUUAUUCGCUGCCGUUUAUUGUCGGGACGAAUCCUUACAUCCAAGAUGUUGCUCGGCUGUAUGCGUCGUCGUUUCAGCGGUUGUGUGAGCUGCCGGCCAUACACUCGCUCGAAGACAAUGACGUAUUUACGCAUGAGCUACGUGAAUUGGUGCAUGAGCAUGCGGAUCUUGUGCCGACGCUGGCUCGCGGCUUUAUGGAGUGUAAGAUGUACAUGGAUAAUGAGCGUAUUUCCCGGUUUUUGAAUGCCGCGCUGCACAGCCGUAUCGGCAUUCGUCUGAUCGCCGAGCAGCAUUUGGCACUGACGGAGAGUGCUCACAAGGCGCGAAACUCGGACGAUUUGGCGAGCACGACAACAUCGCCCACGAGCGUUGGCAUUAUUGAUACACAGAUGUCGCCCGUCGAGGUGAUCCAGCAGAGCGGCGCCUAUGUCCAGGCGCUGUGUGAGGCCACGUUUGAGAUGGCGCCCGUCAUCCAGUUUGAGGGCGAUCUCGAUGCACGCACGGUCGGUAUCCCUGUGCACCUUGACUAUGUCAUGACGGAGCUGCUCAAGAACUCGUUCCGUGCGACGACGGAGAUGUUCUUAUCGCGGCAUCCCUCGGGCUCAGCGGAAGAUCUGCCGCCGAUCAUCGUAACCCUGUCCAGUGGACCGAGCCAAAUCACGAUACGGAUCCGAGACGAGGGAGGCGGUAUUCCACCGGAAAACAUGUCGCAAAUCUUUAGCUAUGCGUUUACGAGUGUGCCGACACAGUCGGAUGAGGCGCAAAGCGGCGAUGAUGCCGCGACUCACGGACUGAGCAGCAGCAUGGGCACCUUGGCAGGUCUCGGAUACGGUCUGCCGCUGUCGCGGCUAUACCUCAACUACUUUGGCGACAGCGACCUCGACAUUGAGAGUUUGUAUGGGUACGGUUGUGACACGUUUGUCAAGCUGUCGAGGCUGAUUGGCACGUCGAACGUGCAGAUUUAA